AUGAAGCUAGUGGCUGUGUGGCUUUUCCUCGUGGCCCUCGUCAGUGCUCACACGGCGUUGUUGCCUCCGUACGGAAAGCAGUGCUUCUUCGAAAACUUGAAGAAAAACGACGUGUUAUCGAUUAGCUACCAAGUAGGCUCCAGAGAUCCCGGAAACUCGGAGCAAUAUGUGGUGGAUUUCUAUAUUGUGGGCCCCAACGAACGUGUGGAGAGAUCGGUCAGAAGCCAGGACCAUGGCGACGAGACCUUGACGGCCGAUAUGGACGGCAAGUACCAGUAUUGCUUUUCGAAUGAAAAGACCUCGCGUGUGGAUUUGGACGUCUCCUUCAAUGUGCACGGCGUCGUGUACAUCGACGUCAACGAUCCCGACUCGGACUCCUUGGACUACCUGAUUCUGAGGUUGAGCCAGUUGACCAGCGACGUGAAGGCCGAGCAAAACUACUUGGUGAUCCGCGAGAGGACCCACCGAAACACCGCGGAGUCAACCAACUCAAGGGUCAAGUGGUGGUCCUUGUUGCAGGUGAUUGUGGUGGCCGUCAACUCGUUGUUCCAGGUGUACUACUUGAAACGGUUUUUCGAGGUGCGCUCCGUGGUGUGA